AUGUUCUCGGAAUAUGCGUCCAAGUUCCUGUCCCAGUCACAGUCACGGUUGUCCAGCUUUGCCGGGCAAGAUAACAACGACCGGCCUUCGUCGCGGCAACAAGGGGGCUGGACCGGCAGAGGCAGAGGACUGAGUGGACGAUCCUACUAUAGAGGAGCCGCAGGCAACCCUUAUCAACCCACGGCUGGCUCUCGCUUUGGUACCCUUGCCGGAUUCGGGUCUAGAUACGCACAGGAUGCGCCGCUGUUUCAAGCUACCGUUGAGCAAGAGGAGGAGGAGGAAGAUGAUCGGGAGGCUGCAGAUCUGUUUGCUUUGCAACGCUCCCGUCGCGUGAUACCUGCCACCCGGUUGGAGGAUAGCACCGAAGCCGAGGACGAUGGAAGUGCUUCGCUAGAGAGGAGUCGGGGCUACCAAGACGCACUCGGAUCUCGCCUCCACGGCAUCAGAAGCAGCUGGAACGACUCGACAAGCUUGUCCAAGCGUGAACACGAUCGCCGACAAGGAGGGAGCAAGUUGUUGGGGAAGCACAAACGCCAAAGUUCAGACGAGGAUGACAGCACUAAGGGUGCCAUGGAAGACGUCGGACUGCAGUCAACAAUUGCCGAGGAUGAUGAUGACCCGCCAGAGGAUCUCUUGGGUGAGGCUUCUAUGGGCAGCUCCCCACCGGCUUUCCAGAAAUUCAAGUCACAGCCGGCACCGCAAAGAUAUUGUCCAGGUGAAGUUCCGAUGCGAGAUUCAGAGGCGGGGCUACUGCAAGAGUCUCGAAGGUCCUUCGAUGGUGGAAUGCCACCAGAUGCCGGGCUAACACCAGCACACCCGGUCUCGGACGGGGAAGUAUUCGUCCACGACCCCUUCUUCGCCUACAUCUUCUUGAUUGCUUUGGCCUCCUUGUUCGCCACGUUCGUGCUGGUUUACCUUCACACAAGCGGGAAGCGGCCACUCGGCGACACUAUCUACAACACCAUAACCAAGUCUUUCCACCUACUAGCUGUCGACACGCUGGUAUCGAUGAUUGUUGCUUUCGUCUGGUUGGCGACUUUGCGGGCGUACAUCAGGCCACUGGUUUACUUGAUCCUGAUGGCUGUACCCAUCAUCAUGACUGUCUUCUCCCUGUAUCCCUUGAUCUUGAGUUUCCGGUCAACCAGCGGAAGUACGCGAGCGCAGGAUACAGUCAUGAGGUGGGCUGCCACCGUCCCAGCUGCCGCGGCAGUGGUCUGGAUAUACAUGGUCUUCAAGGGCCGUUCUGCCAUCAGAUCCGCAAUCAAUAUCCUGGAGUUCUCGAGUCGUAUUCUUGCGGCGAAUUCGCCGUUGAUGCUGGUUGGUGUAGGAUGCCUAGCCACGGUAGUACUCUGGACCUGGGUUUGGUUACUCAUGUUUACUAGAGUCUUCUUGGGCGGGAGUUUCUCCAGCUACCUGUCGCGUUUUAUCAUCAGCGCUUCCAGCUGGUGGCUAGGCAUCUACUUUGUUCUGAUGUAUAUCUGGACGUUGUCUAUUCUCUCAGGCAUUCAGCGGGCCACCACAGCAGCGACGGUAUCCCAAUGGUACUUUCAUCGCAACGCCGUCCCGGCAGCAUCGUCCAAGGACGUUGUUUCUGCUGCCCUGGGUCACGCGCUCAGCACCAUUUUUGGCACUAUCAGCAUGUCGACGCUAAUAGCACUAGCCAUCCGCCUUCCCCUUCUCAUCUUACCGUCUCGCGCCGCAAACAUUUUGGGCAUGUUUGUUUACUCGUUCGUUCCCACGCCGAUCGCAGCUCUUACCAACCCGUUGACUCUUACAUACGCCGCUAUCCACUCAGAGUCCCUCGCGGUUGCUUCUCGAGGCCUCAGCCGGAUGGAUUUCCUUGCCCCUCAGCGGCCGACCACGACGCUUACGCCAGUCGCUCUUCGAUCCGGCACCGUCAACUCUUCACUCCUGCCAUAUCGGCUGGCUAAGCUUAUCCUGCAUGCUACGCGGUUCAUAAUGGCUAUCGCCCUCGGCUUCGCAGGAUGGGUUAUGACGGCCCGACAACUGACGGUCGAGCGUCCUGAUGGGAGCAUGGGAUUUAAGGGAAGCGCGUACGCCUAUGUUGUGGGUAUGGUUGCCAGCUUUAUCGGAUGGGGUAUUCUUGGCGCAAUGGAAGGUAUCCUGAGCGGUAUUGUCGAUGCGGUUGUCAUCUGUUACGGUAGUGAAAGGGGCAUGGCCUCGGGCGGUUACUGUAUGGAGGCCGCACAGCUGUUUGGUUCUUUCAGUGGAUCCUAUGGUAGGGGCAGAGAUGAAGAGGACCGCCGUGAGGUUUACUAG